AUGACAAGAUAUGAGAGUCGAUAAGUCAUGGAAAGAAAAGAUUUGAUUGAAGUUCAUAAAUGUAUUGCUUAAUGUAUUGAUCCACUUAUUUCACAACUAAACAUUAAUUUGUACAACCAGAAAAAGUACUAUCAAAGAUAAGUGAACUUAGAUGAGAGUUUAAACAAAGAAGUAGUAGAUGAAUUGGCUAUAAGUCUUAAACAAUGCUUAUUAGAAUUAUGA